CCCAGACCGCGGUCCGCCGCCCGUAACGGUCGUCAGCACUCGGGGCGCGCGGGGAAGGAGUGGGGUUUAAAUGAUAUUUUUGAGAACCGGAGCGAGAGGCGUCGGCGACUCAGGUGUCGCCGCUUCCUGCUGCCCGGGGCUCGGCUCCUAGUCCCACCUUCCUCACGCCUCCUCCCCUUUCCUGCCCUCCCCGCUGGAGCCUUGGGGCGCUUAAGAAGCGGCGGCGGCGGAUCAGACGGCCGCUGCAGCGCCGGCGGCCGCGGAGAAAGGGAGGGGAGCACAAAGCCGGCUGCGCGCUCGGAGAUAAGGGGAAUCAGAAGGCUUGAAGCAUGAGUUCAGAUGCCAGCCAAGGCGUGAUCACUACUCCUCCUCCUCCCAGCAUGCCUCACAAAGAGAGGUAUUUUGACCGCAUCAAUGAAAAUGACCCAGAAUACAUCAGAGAGAGGAACAUGUCUCCUGAUCUACGACAAGACUUCAAUAUGAUGGAACAGAGGAAACGAGUUACUCAGAUCUUGCAAAGUCCUGCCUUUCGGGAAGACCUGGAAUGCCUUAUUCAAGAACAGAUGAAGAAAGGCCAAAACCCGACUGGAUUACUAGCAUUACAGCAGAUUGCAGAUUACAUCAUGGCCAGUUCUUUUUCGGGCUUUACUUCACCUCCCCUGAGUCUCGGCAUGGUCACACCUAUCAAUGAUCUUCCUGGGGCAGAUACAUCCUCCUACGUGAAGGGAGAGAAACUUACUCGCUGUAAACUUGCCAGCCUGUACAGACUUGUCGACUUGUUUGGAUGGGCACACCUGGCAAACACAUACAUCUCAGUAAGAAUAAGUAAGGAGCAAGACCACAUUAUCCUAAUUCCCAGAGGCCUGUCUUUUUCUGAAGCCACAGCCUCCAAUUUGGUGAAAGUCAAUAUAAUAGGAGAAGUGGUUGAUCAGGGAAGUACUAACUUGAAAAUUGACUAUGCAGGAUUCAGUCCCCAUGCUGCAAUCUAUUCAACACGUCCUGAUGUUAAGUGUGUGAUACACAUCCAUACCCUUGCAACAGCAGCUGUAUCCUCCAUGAAAUGUGGAAUCCUUCCAAUUUCUCAAGAGUCCCUGAUCCUGGGAGAUGUUGCCUAUUAUGACUAUCAAGGGUCACUUGAUGAACAGGAGGAGAGAAUUCAACUGCAGAAAGUUCUGGGGCCAAGUUGUAAGGUGCUGGUACUCAGAAAUCACGGUGUGGUAGCACUUGGAGAAACAGUUGAGGAGGCUUUUCAUUAUAUUUUUAAUGUGCAAAUGGCCUGUGAGAUUCAGGUUCGGGCAUUAGCAGGGGCAGGUGGAGUAGACAAUCUGGUUGUACUGGAUCUUCAGAAAUAUAAAGCUUUCACUCACACCAUCGCAGUGUCUGGAGGAGGGGGAGUGAACAUGGGUUCCCAUCAAAAAUGGAAGGUUGGCGAGAUUGAAUUUGAAGGACUGAUGAGGACUCUGGACAAUUUGGGAUACAGGACAGGCUAUGCAUAUAGGCAUCCUCUUAUUCGAGAGAAGCCUAGGCACAAGAGUGAUGUGGAAAUUCCAGCAACUGUGACUGCUUUUUCCUUUGAAGACGAUACAGUACCACUCUCUCCUCUCAAAUACAUGGCACAGAAACAGCAGCGUGAGAAAACCAGAUGGCUGAAUUCACCAAAUACUUACAUGAAAGUGAAUGUGCCUGAGGAGUCUCGGAAUGGGGAAACCAGUCCCAGGACCAAAAUCACAUGGAUGAAAGCAGAGGACUCUUCUAAAUUUAGCAGUGGAACACCUAUCAAAAUUGAAGAUCCAAAUCAGUUUGUUCCUUUAAACACAAACCCAAAUGACGUACUAGAAAAGAGAAACAAGAUUCGAGAACAAAACCGAUAUGACCUGAAAACAGCAGGACCGCAAUCUCAGUUACUUGCUGGAAUUGUUGUAGAUAAGCCUCCAUCUACCAUGCAGUUCGAAGAUGAUGAUCUUAGCCCACCAGCUCCUCCCAACCCCUUUAGCCAUCUCACAGAAGGAGAACUUGAAGAGUAUAAGAAGACAAUCGAACGUAAACAGCAAGGCCUGGAAGAAAACCAUGAGCUAUUUUCCAAGAGCUUCAUCUCCAUGGAAGUGCCUGUCAUGGUAGUGAACGGCAAGGAUGACAUGCAUGAUGUUGAGGAUGAGCUUGCUAAGCAAGUAAGCAGGUUAACCACAAGCACAACCAUAGAAAACAUAGAGAUUACCAUUAAGUCUCCUGAGAAAAUUGAAGAAGUCCUGUCACCUGAAGGCUCGCCUUCAAAAUCACCAUCCAAGAAAAAGAAGAAAUUCCGUACUCCUUCUUUUCUGAAAAAGAACAAAAAAAAGGAGAAAGUCGAAGCCUAAAGGAAGUCUUUUUAUAAUUAUUAUUAUUACAAUGUGACGUUGCACAUUUAAAUACCACAUUUAAGUUGAUCAUUAAUAUGCAGUGGUAGAUCAGAUGGGGGGGGUGUAGCAAACUGGACUCUGAGAACUGGAAAGGGGUUUUACUAAAAGAAAAACAUAUUAUGAAGAAAAGCUUUCAAAUUCAUCUCUCGUUUUAUAUGUCAAAAAAGGCUUUGAAUUUUUAAAAAAUUGCUAGUUUUGAUUAGCGCUACCUUCAUGAAGUGUUAUAACUCACCACAAACAGAUAUCUGUCUGAAUUACUUCAGGCCUUCUCUAUAUCUGUUGGAAAGAAAUUACCAGUGAACAAGGGAGAGAAUUUUUAUUUCUCUACACCUGCUUUACUUGGUAAUCAGAUUAUAAUUUUUUAUCAUUUAUUAUCGACUGUACCUUUUUGGUUCCCAUUGUUUCAAUGGGCAUUAAUAGAAUGCUUUAAAAAGCUUCUAAGAUAAGCAUCUAUAGCAUUAGUAUACACUGGCACAUACUUUUUUAAAAAAAUAUAUAUAAGAAAAGAUUCAUUUGGAAUUUUAUUCAUAGUAUAAAAUUUCCUCACCUGAAGUAACUUUGUUUGCCAAAAAAGGCCAUUUUAGUAAAAUAUAAUUUUUGAGAACGUCCUUUUUUAUUCAUUUAGAAAGCCCCUUAUUUUUCAACAAAGGGGAUUUUGUACACUUACCAUGGGUUAUUUAGUUUAACUCUGGCAAAAACGAUUUUUGUAUGUCGAGAUGUUUGUAUACCAUUCAGUAUAAAAAUGUCAUAAGCAAAUUAGCCAAUCAUUUAACAACAGAGCAGAUUUGAGGCUGCUUGGUACUAAAUAUACUCAAAUAUAACUCAAGAAUCCAGGGACUUGGUAUCAACAUGAUUAGAGGAUUUAAGGUAUAACUAGAUUCAUAUUUGAACCUUACAAUGUAUUUUUCUCUUAGUAUUGCUAAUGAAUGAAGAAGCUCUCAUAUGAUAACCAAAUGAAAUGGAAAAGAAUGAGAAAGUGAAGAAAGAAUGGAGGGGACAAAUGAGGGGUCAUGAAUAGAAGAAUUCUAGUUUGAUAAUGACUCACAGUCACAAUAGGAUUUGAAGUGUAAUUUAUUCGAAACCAGUCCCAAAUUUCUAAAAUUCUGCUUCUCUACCAAAAUCUUUGUAUUUCUUGGUUGUUAGUUCAGUUAUAAAGGGUCAUAUACUUGGAACUGAUGUAUCGUUAGAAGGCAGCACUAGAAAAAGUCAGUAGGUCUAACCUCCCUCCCCUAGUGAUAAAACUACCACUUCUUAAUUUUUACAAAUGUUUUUAUCCUUUCAGUUAAUUUUCUUUCUAAUGUAAAUAAAAAAUUAAACCUAGGAUUAAUAUGGUUUUUUCCCCCUUCACCCAAGUGAUGUCACAAAUCAAUGUAAAAUCAAUGAUCGAAAGUGAUCAGUGGGUAAAAAUAAUCCAAAGUGUUUCUGGAGGAUGAGUUGGCAUGAAAAUAUUACAUUGUUAACUGUGUGUUCUGGGCUGGCUCUGUUUGGCUGUGUGUGCAUGAUGAGCAAAGUUGAAACAGCUGGAAAUUUCAUCCUAAAUCUCACCAACUACUGGAAUCGGUGUUUUAAUCUCUUAGUGCACACUUUCAGUUUAAUUCUGUAUUUGAGGGUUUUUUAUGUUCUACAUCAUUUAUGUUGUAUUACAAUGUAAUGUAGAAACAGUAACCUGUGAACUAUGCUUUUCCAUAACUUUUUAAAUAUAUAUAUAUCUUAAAUGAA